AUGCACGGCUUUACCCCUCCUCUUCGAGCUACAGGCUCGCAUCUACACAUGAAUGCAGUUGGCUCCCAAACGCCGGCGCAGCGUCGACUGCGCCGCAGCUCACAAAGAUUCCCAGAACCUAAGAAGACCCGCAAGAUCGAGACUCCCGAAUUUCUCCUUCGGUCUGAUCAUCUGGGCGACCGGUUGCGCUUGGCCGAAUUCGUUCCAUACCUAAGUGAAUUGUGCCCUUCUAGGCGCUUCAUCCUGACGACCGCACCGCUCUGGAUAUUUUGCCAGACGACUUCAUCAGCGAAGAUGGACAUGUCUAAAGCUAUCAAGGCCUUGAAACUGGCCCUGCCCGAGGUUGAGUUCGCCAUGGAGGGUACCCAGGAGCACCAAACACUCAAUCGGGGCUUCUUCCAAUCAGCUCUGCAAUCGGAUAUAGUUCCUGCUUGCAUUGUCCGGCCCAGGUCCAAGUCGGAUAUCUCGACGUUUGUUAAGACGAUUAGACCAUUCGUUGUCGCUGACGAAGCAGCCUUUGCUAUUGUCGGCGGUGGUCGCCAGCCUGCGCCAGGCUGUUCUAAUAUUCAAGAUGGUAUUACUCUGAAUCUAGGCCUCUUGAGAGGCAUUCAAAUUGACAUUGAGAAUGGUGUUGUCUCUAUCGCUGCCGGGGAGACCUGGGGUCCCGUCUUCGAUAAACUGGUUGAGAUAGGACUUGGCUGUUCCGGCUCGCGGUCGUCCAAGGGUGGAAUUGGAGGAUUAGCAUUAUCAGGUGGCCUAUCAAUCUUCUCGUCGCGAGAAGGAUUCAUAUGUGAUGAUGUCUUGAACUACGAGAUAGUUCUUGGCUCAGGUGAGAUUGUCAAUGCAAAUUCCAACGAGAACGCCGAUCUCUGGAAGGCCUUGCGAGGUGGAGGUAACAACUUCGGUGUCGUGACACGCUACGACAUGAGGACUUUCAAGCAAGGGCCAUUUUGGGGAGGUGCCUUGUACUACUUCAGCCCUAGCUUCCCUGGUCAAGUCGAAGCACUGGUUCACGAACUCCAAAAGCCCGACGCGACGGCAGAUACCCAUUUGAUGAUGAGCCUGGGUUAUACUGCCAUGUUCGGCCCUGAGGCAGUUGGAAUGAAUCAGAUGUAUUACACCCAAGAGGUUGAAAAGCCCCCUGUUCUGGACGUUUUUACUUCUGUGGAGCCACAGAUUGGUGGACUGAAUACCAUGCGUAUGAUGAACCUUGCGGAGGCUUCACGAGAACAAGCCGGAGACAUUCCGCCAAACCAACGGUCUGCCUACAUGAAUCUUCAUGUCAAGGCCGACGUAGCCACCCUCGUGGCUGGUGGCGAGAUCUGGAAAGCCGCACUUGAGCCUGUCAAAGACUGCGAGGGUCUGAUAUGCUCUUACACCCUUCAGCCAUACGCACGCUCUCAGCUUCAAGCCUCGGCCAAAAAGGGCGGAAACUCGUUGGGUCUUGAUCCUAGCAGUCCUAUCGUCUCCGUGGCGUUCUUAAUGUAUUGGAACUCGAAGAGUGACGAUGAGAAAAUCUUGGGAACCUUUAAAAGCGCCUUGGAAAAGAUGAGGGCGGAGGCUUCAUCGAAGGGUCAGCUUAUCGAUUUUGUCUACAUGAACUACUCGUUCAACUUCCAGGAUCCAAUCGCCUCUUAUGGAGCAGAGAACAAGAAACAUCUGCAGGGAGUUAGUAGGAAAUUCGAUCCCGAAGGAAUCUUUCAGAAAGGUGUUCCUGGAGGGUGGAAGCUGUUCGCCUGA